AGAUCCGAUUUCAGUAAAAAUAAGUGAAAAUAGCGUUUUGGUUUAUGUUUUAGUCAUAGUUAUUAUAAUUAGUGUACAAAUCAAGUUUAAAUCAUUCCGGAGAUGCCUGCAGUGCGUAAAUAUCGACGCGAGACAAGCGAAAUCAGUUGCUGCCUGAAAUACAUGCUCUUCAUGGGCAAUGUUUUUAUAUGGAUGGCUGCUCUCAUGGUGCUAUCCGUGGGAAUCUGGGCUUGGAGCGAGAAAGAUAUGUUUCGCAACUUUGCCAAGCUUAAUUUCAUAGCCUUGGAUCCGGCUUUUGUGUUGAUUAUAUUGGGAGGCAUUACCUUUCUUCUCGGCUUCAUGGGCAGCGUGGGCGCAUUGCGGGAGAAUACUUGUCUUUUGGCGGCGUAUGCCAUUUUUCUGAGCAUAUUGCUGAUAGCUGAGAUUGGCUUCUGUGCUUUGGCGUUUGUGCUCAAGGACAAGGGCUGGAUCAAAGACCAAGCCACUGAGGGGCUCAAGGCCUUCAUACGGCAUUAUCGUGAGGAUGCCGAUCAGCAGAAUCUCAUCGAUUGGAUACAGGAGGACUGGCUGCAGUGCUGCGGCAUUGAUGGCCCCAAGGACUGGGACAGCAACAACUAUUUCAAUUGCUCGUCCAUUGCCAUUGGCAGCCGUGAGGCCUGCGGGGUGCCCUUCUCGUGUUGCCGUCGCCGUCCCCAAGAGCUUAUCAAAAACAAGCAAUGCGGAUAUGAUGUGCGAAAAGAGGGAUACCCUGUGGAUAGGAAUAUACAUGAGCGUGGCUGUUUGCGCGCUGGCGAAGAUUGGCUGGAGGCACAUCUAAUAAGUGUGGCAGCAGCCUGCGUUGGCCUGCUGAUGCUGCAGGGCUUGGAGCUGUCCAAAAUCAUCUAUGAAAAGGGCUGCGUUCAGGCUGGCGAAGAGUGGAUGGAGCAUAAUUUGAUUAUAAUUUCCACGGCUGUCAUUGCGGUCAUGUUUUUCCAGAUUUUGGGCAUUUGUUUUGCACAGAAUUUGCGUGCCGACAUUUAUACGCAAAAAUCGAAAUGGCACUGACAAAUGGCCCUCGCUGCACCCACAGCACUUUAGAGACAAAUGAAAGGAGAAGGAAUACGAGGAGGAAAAUCACUACAAAUACUCAUCUACGCUUCGGUUAGUUAACUAUACUAUAAAUACCUUAUACUAUCUACUACCCAUAUGUGUCUGUACUCGUAUACACGAGUAUACCUAUACUGUAGCUGGCUAUGUACGUGUCUAACUAAAACGCAAACGCAUUCCGUCUUCGUGUGUGGGGACAUUGACUAACUAAAAACACAUUAACUAGGUUGCCAAAUUUUUUGCUGUUUUUACGUCGGCUUUCUCUUUGCCCAAAAUCAACCAAAAAUGGUGAAACAAAAUGAAAACAAAACUCAAAGCAAAACAUUUUGAAGACAUUUUCUAUACAUUUUUACAAAUGAAAGUAAACGAAGAGGGAAGACAUUUUUUACUCGAAAUGCAGCUGUGAUAUAUUUUUAAUGAAUGUAUAGAAAGAGAGGAGAGAGAUAGUGAGAAAAAAAACAACAGAAAUUAAAUGCAACAAUU